GUUUGAUUUCCUGUUCAUCACUGCUGGUUGUUAUAAAGUGUUACUGCUCCUCUGAUCUCUGUUGUCACAGUGUUUCUGGUUCUACAGGAUUCUUUCUGUCUCCUCCUCCUCCUCCUCCUCCUCCUCCUCCUGAUGAAGCUGAAACAGGUUUGUUGUUUUGCUGUCAGAGACAAAGGUUUCAGUCGACACACACGAUAAGAUGUCUCGGUGUCCCAGAGGUCUUCCAGGUGGAGCUGCAGCGUGAGAAACCCUCCAAUCAGAGCAGUCCAGUGUGGCUGUGACUCAUCAGGAAACAACUCACCUGAGUUCUUCUCCGUCAACUCUUUGGACUGUUUGAAGAAACUGACCCAUCAGAGACCAGACCCUGCUGAACCUGAACCUGAACCCAGCUGUGUGUCCAUGAAGAGCCACCGGUCCAUGGAGCCACCACUACUUUAAGAAAAGACCUGUAAGGGAGAGGAGAACAGAAAUGGAGUACAGGCUACUUGAAAUGGAGAAGAGAGGAUUGAUGGAGAGACUUGAAUGGCAGAAGGAGAGAAUUGCGAUGGAAAGGGAAAUUGAAAUGUUAAGAAGAAGAUUGAGGACCCAGAAGAGACAAGAGUCUCCUGAACCUGAACCUGAGCCUGAACCCAGCUGUGUAUCCUUUAAGAGCGACUGGUCACAUGAACGCUAUAUUAACUUUAAAGGAGAGCAACCCUCUGCUGAAAGGAGGAUCCAUCAAAGACCAGACUCUGCUGAACCUGAACCCAGCUGUGUGUCCUUCAAGAGUGACCGGUCACAAAAACGCUUUAUUGACUUUAAAGGAAAGCAACCCACUGCUGAAAAGAGAGAGGACCAGGAGAGCUCAGAGGUUCCCAGUGGUCAGUCUGUCCAGCAGCAUCAAAUACACCUGGACUCCAUAUGUAUGCUGCUGGAGGAGAACAUUGUCAGUUUUGUGAAGAACAAGCUGAAGAAGAUCCAUAAAGUUCUGAAUCCAGAUUACCCAGAAUGCGUAGAGAGUCAGAGGGAGGAUGAAGAUGAGGAUGAAGAGCAGAGGAGCAGCAGAGAGGCACUUAUGAAGAUCACAAUGCACUUCCUGAGGAGAAUGAAGCAGGAGGAGCUGGCUGAGCGUCUGCAGAGCAGAAGUUCUGCUGGAGUUUGUAAGCAUAAACUCAAGACUAACCUAAACAAGAAGUUCCAGUGUGUGUUUGAGGGGAUUGCUAAAGCAGGAAACCCAACCCUUCUGAAUCAGAUGUUCACAGAGAUCUACAUCAUGGAGGGAGGGACUACAGAGGUCAAUGAUGAACAUGAGGUCAGGCAGAUUGAAACAGCAUCCAGAAAAUCAGACAGACCUGAAACAAAAGUCAAACGAGAAGACAUCUUUAAAGCCCCACCUGGAAGAGAUGAACCAAUCAGAACAGUGAUGACCAAGGGAGUGUCUGGCAUUGGGAAAACAGUCUUAACACAGAAGUUCACUCUGGAGUGGGCUGAAGGCAAAGCCAACCAGGACAUCCAGUUCAUAUUUCCAAUCACUUUCAGAGAGCUGAAUGUGCUGAAAGAGAAAAAGUACAGCUUGGUGGAACUUGUUGAUCACUUCUUCAGUGAAACCAAAGAAGCAGGAAUCUGCAGGUUUGAAGAGUUCCAGGUUGUGUUCAUCUUUGACGGUCUCGAUGAGUGUCGAUUUCCUCUGGACUUCCACAACACUGAGAUCCUGACUGAUGUUACAGAGUCCACCUCAGUGGGUGUGCUGCUCACAAACCUCAUCAGGGGGAAACUGCUUCCCUCUGCUCGCCUCUGGAUAACCACACGACCUGCUGCAGCCAAUCAGAUCCCUGCUGAGUGUGUUGACAUGGUGACAGAGGUCAGAGGGUUCACUGACCAACAAAAGGAGGAGUACUUCAGUAAGCGAUGCAGAGACAAGAAGCAGGAAAACAGAAUCAUCUCCCACAUCAAGACAUCACGAAGCCUCCACAUCAUGUGCCACAUCCCAGUAUUCUGCUGGAUCACUGCUACAGUUCUGGAUGACGUGUUGAAGACCAGAGAGGGAGGAGAGCUGCCUAAAACCCUGACUGAGAUGUACAUCCACUUCCUGGUGGUUCAGUCCAAAGUGAAGAACAUCAAGUAUGAUAGAACAUCUGAGACGGACCAUCACUGGAGUCCAGAGAGCAAGAAGAUGAUCAAGUCUCUUGGAAAACUGGCUUUUGAGCAGCUGCAGAAAGGCAACCUGAUCUUUUAUGAAUCAGACCUGAUGGAGUGUGGCAUCAAUAUCACAGCAGCCUCAGUGUACUCAGGAGUGUUCACACAGAUCUUUAAAGAGGAGAGAGGACUGUACCAGGACAAUGUGUUCUCCUUCGUCCAUUUGAGUGUUCAGGAGUUUCUGGCAGCUCUUCAUGUCCAUCUGACAUUUAUCAACUCUGGACUCAACCUGCUGUCAGAAGAACAAACAACAUCGUUGAGGUUUAAAGUGUUCUGGGACAAAUCAACACGUUUCUACCAGAGUGCUGUGGACAAGGCCUUGCAGAGUCCAAAUGGACACCUGGACUUGUUCCUCCGCUUCCUCCUGGGUCUUUCACUGCAGACCAAUCAGAAUCUCCUACGAGGCCUGAUGACACAGACAGGGAGUAGCUCAGAGACCAAUCAGAAAGCAGUCAAGUACAUCAAGAUGAAGAUUAGUGAGGAUCUAUGUACAGAGAGAAGCAUCAAUCUGUUCCACUGUCUGAAUGAACUGAAUGAUGGUUCUCUAGUGGAGGAGAUCCAACUGUUCCUGAGAUCAGGAAGCCUCUUCACAGAUAAACUGUCUCCUGCUCAGUGGUCAGCUCUGGUAUUCAUUUUAUUGUCAUCAGAAAAAGAUCUGGACGUGUUUGACCUGAAGAAAUACUCUGCAUCAGAGGAGGCUCUUCUGAGGCUGCUGCCAGUGGUCAAAGCCUCCAACAAAGCUCUACUGAGUGGAUGUAACCUGUCAGAGAAAAGCUGUGAAGCUCUGUCCUCAGUUCUCAGCUCCCAGUCCUCUAGUCUGAGAGAGCUGGACCUGAGUAACAACGACCUGCAGGAUUCAGGAGGGAAACUCAUCUCUGAUGGACUGAAGAGUCCACACUGCAUACUGGACACUCUCAGACUGAGUGUCUGUAACCUGUCAGCGAGAAGCUGUGAAGCUCUGUCCUCAGUUCUCAGCUCCCAGUCCUCUAGUCUGAGAGAGCUGGACCUGAGUAACAAUGACCUGCAGGAAUCAGGAGGGAAGCUGAUAUCUGAUGGACUGAAGAGUCCACACUGCACACUGGAGACUCUCAGACUGAGUGGCUGUAACCUGUCAGAGAGAAGCUGUGAAGCUCUGUCCUCAGUUCUCAGCUCCCAGUCCUCUAGUCUGAGAGAGCUGGACCUGAGUAACAACGACCUGCAGGAUUCAGGAGGGAAGCUGAUGUCUGUUGGACUGAAGAGUCCACACUGCACACUGGAGACUCUCAGACUGAGUGGCUGUAACCUGUCAGAGAGAAGCUGUGAAGAUCUGUCCUCAGUUCUCAGCUCCCAGUCCUCUAGUCUGAGAGAGCUGGACCUGAGUAAAAAUGACCUGCAGGAUUCAGGAGGGAAGCUGAUAUCUGUUGGACUGAAGAGUCCACACUGCACACUGGAGAUUCUUAGACUGAGUGGCUGUAACCUGUCAGAGAGAAGCUGUGAAGCUCUGUCCUCAGUUCUCAGCUCCCAGUCCUCCAGUCUGAGAGAGCUGGACCUGAGUAACAAUGACCUGCAGGAUUCAGGAGGGAAGCUGAUCGCUGAUGGACUGAAGAGUCCACACUGCACACUGGAGACUCUCCGUCUGUCAGGCUGUCUGAUCUCAGAGGAAGGCAGUUCUUCUCUGGUCUCAGCUCUGAGCUCCAACCCCUCCCAUUUGAGAGAGCUGGAGCUGAGCUACAAUCAUCCAGGAGACUCAGGAGUGAAGCUACUGUCAGCGGGACUGGAGGAUCCUCUCUGGAGACUAGACACUCUCAGGAUGGAGCCUGCUGGAGUCAGAUAUUUGACCCCAGGUCCAUGGAGAUAUUCCUGUGAACUCACACUGGACACAAACACAGUGAACAAAAAACUCAAACUGUCUGACAACAACAGGAAGGUGACACGUGUGGAGGAGUAUCAGUCAUAUCCUGAUCAUCCAGAGAGGUUUAACUACUGUCCUCAGCUGCUGUGUAGAGAUGGUCUGACUGGUCGCUGUUACUGGGAGGUGGAGACGAGAGGAGAUGUUGAUAUAUCAGUGAGUUACAGAGGAAUCAGGAGGAGAGGAGACAGUGCUGACUGUGUGUUUGGAUGGAAUGAUCAGUCCUGGAGUCUGGACUGCUCUGAUGGUCGUUACUCUGUCUGGCACAAUAAGAGAGAAACAUCCAUCUCCUCCUCCUCUGUCUCUGGUAGAGUAGCAGACAUCUCCUCCUCCUCUGUCUUUGGUAGAGUAGCAGUGUAUGUUGACUGUCCUGCUGGCUCUCUGUCCUUCUACACAGUCUCCUCUGACUCACUGAUCCACCUCCACACCUUCAACACCACAUUCACUCAGCCUGUCUAUCCUGGGUUCUGGCUCGGUUCUGGUUCCUCAGUGUCUCUGAGUCCUGUGCAGGACGGAGAGUGUCCUCCUGUUUCUCACUGCUGAUCAGUUGAGUCUGUACCACCGGGGUCGUCAACUACAAUUUUUUCAAGGGCCAGAAUGUUUCUAAGCAGACACUGUGGGGGACGGACUUUCAAAUAAAGGAAAUAAAAUGAAUUUAUACCUAAUACGUCUAUUCUUGUUAGAAAUCUUCACUUUCUUACUGAAUUAAUACUAUUUAUUUUGUACAUGUAUUAGUGUGAGAAAACCCGUAGAAAACAUGGAAACUCCAUAAUGAUAACUUGCUCUUUAACU